GACGUUUCAGGUGGAUCCGAGUCACUUUCUCUGCGCACGGUCCUCACUUCGUCUUUUACUCCAGAAGAGCCAGAGCCGGAGUCAGACAGGAGCCGGAAUGUGUCUUUAAAACGCCUUUGUUUACUUUGGGUUUGUUUAAUAACUCUGUCUCAUGGGCUGGUCCGUAUAAAAGAGGAUCUACUGCGCACACACACACACUCUCUCUCUCACACACACAGACACACACACCCCUCACACACACACAUAGACACACACACUCACACACACUCACACACACUCCCUCGCCCUCGGGAGGAUCUGACUCUUUGGCUUCCUUCUCCUCGACUCUGCGGUGAUGGAUGAGUGUGCCCCGCCCUCUCGCCGCUCUCUGCUGCCCUGGCUGGUCGGAGCAUCUCAGGUGUUGGGGCUGGGGGCGGUGGUGCUGACGGGGGUGUGGAUGGGGCGGUACAGGGGCGGCUUCGCUUGGGACGGGUCAGAGCAGGAGUUCAACCUUCACCCCCUGUGCAUGGUCCUGGGCCUGGUGUUUCUGCAGGGGGACGCGAUCUUGGUGUACAGAGUUUUCCGCAAUGAGGCCAAAAGAAGCGUGAAGCUGCUCCACGGAGUCGUUCACCUGCUGGCGCUCAUCGUCACGAUCGUGGGUGUAGUCGCCGUGUUCGACUUCCACAGAGCGUCCCACAUCCCGUCCAUGUACUCUCUCCACAGCUGGUGCGGCAUGGCGACCGUCGUGCUGUUCUGCCUGCAGUGGGUGCUCGGCCUGAUGUUCUUCCUGUUUCCCGUGGCGUCGUCGUGGUUACGGGGCGUGUACCUCCCGCUGCACGUGUUCUGUGGCGUGCUGCUGCUGGUCAUGUCCAUAGGGAGCUGUCUGCUGGGGAUCACAGAGCGACUCCUGUUCACCAUCAUGGCGACAUACUCCCACCUGCCUCCAGAGGGCGCACUCGCUAACGUCCUCGGGGUUACUCUGUUGUGCUUUGGGAUCCUGGUCAUUAGCAUCAUCACCAAAGAAGAGUUCAGACGCCCCCCCAACCCCGAGGAAGAGGCUCUGUCUGUGCACUUCAAGACGCUCACAGAGGGAGCGUGCUCGCCCACCCCCUGAUCUGACACGUGAGCAACACCAGAGCACAGAGAGAUCCUUGAACCUGCCAGAACAUUCAUCUACGAGUUAUUGUGUUAAAUUUACAGCUGAUUCACAAAUUACUCACUGGAUUUUGAGAAAAGUUGGAAAGUUUAAGCCUCAAAUCCAGGUUUUAAAAAUGAUAAAAGUGAAUAUUUCUGAAUCAAAACAGAAACUGGAUUUGCUAAACAUUUCAGACCAUUAAUAAUCUUGAUAAUUGUCUUAUAUAUUUAUAUUUAUCAGUGUUCUGUGCUGCUGCUUUAGCCUCCACCUGCCUUAGAGCUUCCAUAAAGUGCACACUGUUUGUCGUGUUAAAUAUUAGUCUUUUGGUUCGUCUGAUUUCAUAUUUUUAUGUCAUUUAUUCCUGUUUUUGUUUUGUUUUUUCAUGGUUGAAGUUGACACCUCAGUGCCUCCGUCCUGUGACUUCAUCUCUUCUGACAGAUCUGUGUAAAACCUGCACAUGUUGUAUUUUUUCUUGCGUUUAGACGAAGUGUUUCUGUGAUGGUUUUUAUGCUUCUGCGUCACGUUACAGUCCAGGAUGUUGCAGAAAAAGUUAAAUUGUGGUUAUUAUAUUGUUCGCCGCUUGUAUCUUAAUCCAAAUAAAUCUGCAUUAUGUU